CACAUGGUCAAACGAGGAGUAUACUGUCAUUGUUUGGUGGUAAAGUGUUGGGCAUAAGACGGUAAGACAAGUCUAUCUAAUAGCUGUCACUAAUCUAAUCGAUGUUUUCAUGACCAAAUUAUUUUGUCUCUCUCUCUGUGGCCCCUGUUAACAUUAUCCAUUGUUUGGGAUGUGAGCUAGCAUGUGCUAUCUAGAUAUGCAUUUUUAAUCAAAGGGAUUAGAGAGCUUUCGACUGGCAUUGGAGAUCUUUUUGCACCCACAGAUGUAAAGACUUUGAAUUAUUGAAGUGGAAGACUACUGGCUUGAUAUUCAGCCUCCUCAGCAGCCCCAGAGACAGUGAAAACAGGAUCUAAACCUUUCAUCUACCACCAGGCUUUAUGGUGCCGCUAUGCUUUGCAGAAACAGCGUUUUGAGCUGUAUUUUAAAAGCUGUAGAUCCACAAAGUGCACACUACGAUACAAAAAUCUACACCCUUUAAAUUAACAAAUAAAUAAAUCAAGAAUGAAUGCAAUAUUGACAACUUUAUACAAAAUAAUAUUUAUAUCAUUAAAGUCUUAUUUCACCUGACCUCAGUCAACUGAUCCAACUGGCUUAUUGUCAUAUUCCUAAGGUUCUGUGGGGUCUAUUCUUUAGAACAAUUGCUUGCCGAAGCAGUAAUUUGACUUUACUGUGGUCACUAAUGUCAUUUCUAUAUUACUUCAACUGGACAUAGACUCCUCUACAAUAGGAUGUGUUCCAUGACAGCAUGACCCUCCGGGAUUCAUUAUGUGCUCUGGUGAAGAGGAAAUAGCUGGGACAACAGUCACACCUGGACGGAGACACUUCCCGACCCCCCACCUGGCCUGAAUCCCCACUCAUAAAAGCACAUGUUAAGUGGAGGAGAGGAUUGACACACUCAGGAAUGGAAUAUGAAAUAUAGUGUGACUGAUUUACCUGCAACACUCCAGGCAUAAUGUUGAAAAGUAAACCAUUUAAUUCAGAAUGUUUUGUUUUCAUGCAUGGUUAUCUAUUAACCAACUAAUAGUUCAUCUCACUAUGACAACAGCUUAUCUGAGAUGCCGGGAACUUGUUAUUUUAACCUGCAGAUAUUGCUUCGUCAAUGUCCCAGACUCAGGCAGAGAGAAUGAGAUCAGUUUUCAUCAACGUCUCCAAGAUCCCCCUGCUCUUCCUCUUCCUGUACAUGUUCGUCUGCUCGUUGGAUGUCCUGAGUUCUGCCUUCCAGUUAGCAGGAGGUAAGGUGGCUGGGGACAUCUUCAAUGACAACGCCAUACUGUCCAACCCGGUGGCAGGGCUGGUGGUGGGCAUCCUGGUGACGGUUCUGGUCCAGAGCUCCUCUACCUCCACCUCCAUUGUCGUCAGCCUCGUCUCCUCGGGUCUACUCAAUGUGAGGUCUGCCAUCCCAAUCCUCAUGGGAUCCAAUAUUGGGACGUCCGUCACCAACACCAUCGUGGCUCUGAUGCAGGCUGGAGAGAGGGAUGAGUUUGAACGUGCUGGUGCUAACCCAGGCUACCACCCUGCUGAGAAGACUGUCUCAGGCUGCCAUGCUCACCAACUGAGCUCUGGAGAUAACCCCAAGGAUGCUCAAGGCCACCAGAGAACUCAUCAUUCAGUUACUGAACCACUCACCAAACUCAUCAUUCAGUUGGACAAGUCUGUCAUCACAGGCAUCGCCAUGGGAGAUGAGGCCAUGAGUAACAGGAGUCUGGUGAGGGUAUGGUGUAAGAAUCACAUCCUAACGUCCUCUGUGAACAUUUCUGUUGGUGAUUCCUUCAACUGUACGCCAGUACAACCCUGCUGGCAAAGCAAUGCAACAACCUGGACAACACAGAACAUGACUCUGCUUGUAAAUAUAGAAAAAUGCAGUCAUCUGUUUGUGGAGUCGUGGUUGUCCGACCUGGCGGUAGGCCUCAUUCUGCUCGCCUGCUCUCUUCUGCUCCUGUGCACCUGUUUGUUGCUGCUGGUCAAGCUGCUCAAUUCCAUGCUCCAAGGCCAGGUGGCGAAGGCCAUCCAGAGGACCAUCAACACAGACUUCCCCUACCCGUUUGGCUGGCUGGCAGGUUACCUGGCCAUCCUAGUGGGGGCUGGCAUGACCUUUGUGGUUCAGAGCAGCUCAGUGUUCACCUCUGCCAUCACUCCUCUCAUAGGUAUUGGUGUUAUCAGCAUUGAACGUGCCUACCCUUUGACCCUGGGGUCAAACAUUGGUACAACCACCACAGCUAUCCUGGCAGCAUUAGCAAGCCCAGGGGACAAGCUGGCCGCAGCUUUCCAGGUCGCCUUGUGUCAUUUCUUCUUCAACAUACUGGGCAUUCUGCUGUGGUACCCUGUGCCCACCACCCGCCUGCCCAUCCGAAUGGCCAGGACUCUGGGGCAGCGCACGGCCAAAUAUCGCUGGUUCGCUGUACUCUACCUGCUUCUGUGCUUCCUGCUCCUGCCCUCGCUUGUCUUCGCCCUCUCCAUGGCAGGCUGGCAGAUAAUGGCUGGGGUGGGCGUGCCCUUCGCUGCGACCCUCCUCUUGGUGUCUGUGGUGAACAUGCUGCAGGUACACAGGCCAGGCUGUCUGCCAGUGAGGCUGCAGAGCUGGGACUUCCUGCCUGUCUGGAUGCAUUCCCUUCAACCCCUGGAUACCCUACUCACCAAGGUGACCCUGUGCUGCACUAAAGGAGCCAGCGAGCCUGGUCUGAUACAGUGCUCUAUGGACCAUGAUGGUCCUCAGAAGAGGAGCCACAUGGCUUUGGACAAGCUUGUUCUGUGUUACAUAGACGAGGCCCCCACUGUGGUAAUGUCCCAGGGGUCAGACGAAGCUCCCACAGUGGUAAUGUCCCAGGGGGCAGACGAAGCCCCCACAGUGGUAAUAUCCCAGGGGGUGGACAGGGUCAGGAGCACACGUCUGUAGAUCUUAUGACACUGGAUCAACAGGAAGACAGAGCAGAAUAUCUUGUGAAAGCAGCAUUGUGGACUGCAAGAAAUGAGCAGUGAUGAUCUAAUGUUAUGGAACAACGAGACUGAAGCAGAAAACUGUAGGAGCUUAUGGUUGCAUGAAAACAUGACUCCACUCACAGUCAGUUCCUUUAUGGAUUGCGGAAAUCAUGCAUGAUGCCAGCAGCUACAAAACAAUGUUUACUGUGGUUGAGUUAUGUCAUGUACUGUACUUCAAAGCCACGGAAUCAAUGAGAGUUUAUUAUUUACUCACAGUAACUCUAUUUCCAGACAAAUGUUUGGGCCUAUCGCCUAAAGGACAUAUGUAUUAUAUCAUAAUUUCCCACAAUCAGGAUAGCAUUUCACUUUCUGUCAAAACAUACACUUCUUCCUCUUUGCUAUCAGUCAGGAGAGGUUAGUAAAUGUCUGUCUCUCUGCUGAAAAUGCAGGAAGUCUGAUUGAACAGAAUGACAAAAACCACUCAGCCAAUUAAAAGGCCUUUAAAAAAAAGAAUACAAGUUAUGCAUAUGAAUGGCUGCGUAAUUGAAGCUAUAUAGGAGGGAAUGGGCGCCUCCACAUGCUAAUUAUAACGCAGCAGGGCUCUGAAUGGUUGAUUAAACAUCCAUUUGGUGGCAUAAUGCCAAGUGAUUUCCCCAGUUUCAAUACAUUUUAGGCUUAACGUCUCCUCGCUACUCUUUAAACAAUUGGUACUUUUAACCACAUGCAUAUUCCAGAGAGUUAAAAUUAGAUGAUUUGAUCAUUUUGUUCAAAAUCACAAUUAUUGUAGUACAUAUAGGAGUUUCAUAUUUGGGAUGAGAUGGGAAGCAAUUGUUAUAUAUGCUAAAUGUAUCAAGUCAACUGUGUGUAACACAGAUAGACAUUCAUCUGUCUUUCCUGUUUAAAAGACACAGCAGAGCAGGGCUUUUCACCGGCCCAGUUUCUCCAACCGAGCUGAGACAGACAAGACAGUUGCCAGUGUCAUGAAACUAGAAGCUAGAAUAGAAUUGAGUAAUAAUUCAGAAUAUACCUCAUCUAACAGUCGGCAGAAAGGGAGUUUGAUAUCAUCCAUAAUAACCAAGGACGAUAGAUGAAGAACAGCCAUGAGAUGGCAUGUUUUUAUUGCAUAAGAAGUUCUUGAGGCAGACCUAUUUAAGUGUAGACUACUUUUCUUGUGACAGAGGCCUACAGAUCCUUCCAGUGCAGAGCCCUACACUACAGCUUCCAGUACAGAGCCCUACACUACAUCUUCCAGUACAGAGCCCUACACUACAUCUUCCAGUACAGAGCCCUACACUACAUCUUACAGUACAGAGCCCUACACUACAUCUUACAGUACAGAGCCCUACACUACAUCUUACAGUACAGAGCCCUACACUACAUCUUACAGUACAGAGCCCUACACUACAUCUUACAGUACAGAACCCUACACUACAUCUUACAGUGCAGAGCCCUACACUACAGCUUCCAGUACAGAGCCCUACACUACAUCUUCCAGUACAGAGCCCUACACUACAGCUUCCAGUACAGAGCCCUACACUACAUCUUACAGUGCAGAGCCCUACACUACAGCUUCCAGUACAGAGCCCUACACUACAGCUUCCAGUACAGAGCCCUACACUACAGCUUCCAGUACAGAGCCCUACACUACAGCUUCCAGUACAGAGCCCUACACUACAUCUUACAGUACAGAACCCUACACUACAUCUUACAGUACAGAACCCUACACCACAUCUUACAGUACAGAGCCCUACACUACAGCUUCCAGUACAUAACCCUACACUACAGCUUCCAGUGCAGAGCCCUACACUACAUCUUACAGUACAGAGCCCUACACUACAUCUUACAGUAUAGAGCCCUACACUACAUCUUACAGUACAGAACCCUACACUACAUCUUACAGUAUAGAGCCCUACACUACAUCUUACAGUACAGAACCCUACACUACAUCUUACAGUAUAGAGCCCUACACUACAUCUUACAGUACAGAGCCCUACACUACAGUUUACGUGAGCAGUUGUGCAACGUAUAAUUUUUACAUGAGUAUGUAAAAGAUGUACAAGAUGUGAUAUUUAACCCAAAUGUAAUUUAAGUCUUAAUUGCAGUCUUUCCUUGAAUUCUGUGAUUUUAUUAAAUCUGUGCCAAAAUUGUGGUAGGAACGUAACAUUAAAUUAAAUUAACGUC